AUGCCCAGCUCCUACGUCUCGCAAUGGGAAAGCACCGACCCAGAACCCCUCACCCGAGACUCGCUGCUGGGCGUCCUGGAUGGAAAGAUAGGAUGCAUCCGAGAACCCAACUUCGUUCCUCCCGAUAUCGUCGCAAGAGUCGAGGAGGAGCUGUCGCCGAAACUCUCUCCCUAUCACGACAUCCCCGGGCCCACUCUGCACCGCGUCGGCGUCGCCCAGUUUGAAUUCCAGGCCAUUUCCGACGAGCAGCUCGAGGAGAGAUCGGGCACUGGUGAAGAGAAGCUUCAGUACUUUGCAGUGGCAAAGUCGCAUGCGAACCUGCAUGAAGAUCUGGAGCAGAAGAUCGGGCUGAAUAUUUGGAAGGCGGUGAUUGAUAAGAUCGCCGCGCUGCUACCCGACUAUGAGGUUGCGGUUGCGGAAGAGGAACCGGGCCAGAAGUACUUUUCGGGCAUCUUUCGUGCUAUCAAUAACUCCACCCCGAUUCACUGCGACUGGUCGCCAUACGAUUCCCGAACCGAAGACUGGCUCAUCAACCAGGUGACCAAGCAAGCCGUCUUCAACAUAUACUUCACCGAGCCCCAAGGCGGCAAAACCGAAGUCCACGACUGCCAAUGGACAGACGACGCAUUGGACUGGCGAGAUUUCUCGUCCUACGGCUACUCCGCGGACCUGGUGAAGGGGCGGAAGAAGGUCACCAUCCAGCCUAAGCCGGCCGACCUCUGCAUAUUCAACUCGCGGAACAUGCACCAGGUGUUCCCGGUCGAGCCGGGAGCAGAUGGGAAGCAGCGGCCGCGAUUGACGCUGAGCAGUUUCAUGGGUGUGCUUCCGGCGAGGAGCGCGGCGGAGCGACCGCGCUUGAUCUUAUGGUCGUAG